AUGAUUGCAGAAUUUGACCCGAUAAUGCAAGAACAUGUUAGACGCAUACAAAAUAAAGAAAUUCAUAAUCAUUAUCUUGGACCCAGAAUGCAAAAUGAACUAAUACAUUUAUUAUCAAAUGAGGUCAAAACAAAAAUUAUUAAAAAGGUUAAAGAAGCUAAAUAUUUUUCAAUUAUUCUUGAUUGCACACCCGAUAUAAGCCACAAAGAACAAAUGUCCAUUAUCUUACGAUGUUUAGAUAUUUCACCAACUUCAAUAGAAAUUAAAGAAUACUUUUUAGAAUUUUUAAUAGUGAAUGAUACAACUGGUAAAGGUCUUUUUAAUUCUAUUAGUGAGGAACUUAAUAGAAUAGGACUUAAUGUGGAUGACCUUAGAGGUCAAUGUUAUGAUAAUGGUUCAAAUAUGAAAGGAAAACAUAAGGGAGUACAAAAAAGAUUGUUAGAAGUUAAUCCUAGAGCCUUUUAUGCUCCAUGUGGUUGUCAUAGUUUAAAUUUAGUUAUUUCUGAUAUGGCUAGCGCUUGUGACAAAGUUCAAGAUUUUUUUGGAACCAUACAACGUAUUUAUUCUAUUUUUGCAUCAUCCACUAAAAUAUGGAAAAUUUUACAAGAUAAUAUACCAUAUUUAACUCUUAAAUCAUUAUCACAAACACGUUGGGAAAGUCGAUUAGAAAGUGUUAAAGCAAUUAGGUUUCAAGCUCCAAAACUAAGAGAUGCAUUAAUGGAUUUGUAUCGUGAUAGUACUGAGGCUAAUGUUAAAAGCGAGGCUAAAUCAUUAGUUGAAAAUGAGUUGGAAAAAUUUGAAUUUUUAUUAGCGAUGGUUAUUUGGUAUGAGGUUUUACAUGCUAUUAAUGUAGUUAGUAAAAACUUACAAUCAAAAGAUAUGGGUAUUAAUAUUGCUAUAAAACAACUAGAUGGACUUAUUAUUUAUUUUAAAAACUUUAGGGAUGAAGGGUUUGAAAAUGCUAUGAUUGAGGCUAAAGAACUUGCUUUAAAGAUGGGCAUUGAACCUAGUUUUGGUGAAAAACGUGUUAUUCGUAGAAAUAGAAGAUUUGAUGAAAAUGUUGAUAAUGAGACUUUGAAAACUCCUAUUGAUUGUUUUAGAACGGAUUACUUUUUAUACAUAGUAGAUCAAGCUAGUGUUUCAUUCGAAAGUAGAUUUGCUCAGUUUAAAGAGUUCGAACAAAUUUUUGGUUUUUUGUUUAGUAUAAAAAAGUUAAAAUCUUUAGAUCAAAAAAUUUUAAAAGAGAAGUGCAUUUAUCUGAAAAAGUUUUGGAACUAUGAUAAUCAUAUUGAUAUUGAUGGUUUAGAUUUAUUUGAAGAACUAAAAAUGCUAAGAGAAAUUAUACAUGUAGAAUCUGGCACACUUACUAAUAUAUUAACUUAUAUUAAAAAUUUUAAUUCUUUUCCAAAUGCAUAUAUCGCCUAUAGAAUUGUGUUAACCAUUCCUGUAACCGUUGCUACUGCAGAACGUAGCUUUUCCAAAUUAAAACUAAUAAAAAAUUACUUAAGAUCUACAAUGUCACAAGAAAGAUUAAAUAGUUUAGCUAUUAUGUCAAUCGAAAAAUAUUUUUUUGAAGAACUUGAUUACGAUAAUUUCAUCAAACAAUUUGCCUCGGUUAAAGCUAGAAAAGUAGAUUUUAUUUAA